AUAACAAAUGACGCAUGAAACAAGUGGAUGACAACACUGAUCUUUCUCCUAAGUAGAAAAGGAUGUGCUAAUCGGGAAGGGGUUUCAUUCGAGUGCCUGGAUGUUAGAGCAGGUUGAUGCAUGCACUGCAGUGACUUGGCAUUCAGCAAACUGGAUUGCUUCAAAAUAACGAUUCGGUACAUUAUUUCUAGAGGAUAACAACUUGAACAACCAUGCGUGAGAUAGUGCAUAUCCAAGCUGGUCAGUGCGGCAACCAAAUUGGCGCCAAGUUUUGGGAAGUGAUAUCUGACGAACAUGGAGUCGAUCCUAGCGGGGCAUACAUCGGGGACAGUGCCUUACAACUGGACAAAAUCAACGUUUAUUAUGGAGUGGCAUCCGAAAAGAAGUAUGUUCCUCGCGCCAUCUUGGUGGACUUAGAGCCGGGUACCAUGGACUCAGUCCGGUCUGGCAAUUUUGGGCGACUCUUCCGACCUGAUAACUUUGUAUUCGGACAGAGCGGAGCUGGAAACAACUGGGCCAAAGGGCAUUACACUGAAGGAGCAGAACUUGUUGAUGUUGUCAUGGACGUCUUGAGGAAAGAAGCUGAGGAUUGUGAUUGUCUACAGGGCUUCCAACUUACACACUCCCUUGGUGGUGGUACCGGCUCUGGAAUGGGAACCCUCCUCAUCAGCAAGAUCCGUGAAGAGUACCCAGACCGCAUCAUGAACACAUUCAGCGUUGUGCCAUCACCCAAAGUAUCAGACACUGUUGUUGAACCAUACAACGCCACACUCUCAGUCCAUCAGUUGGUUGAGAACACAGACGAGACCUAUUGCAUUGACAAUGAAGCCCUCUACGAUAUCUGCUUCCGUACCCUCAAGCUGACCACACCCACUUACGGAGAUCUGAACCAUCUGGUCUCUGCCACCAUGAGUGGUGUCACCACCUGCCUCCGAUUCCCUGGCCAACUCAACGCUGAUCUCCGCAAACUUGCUGUCAACAUGGUUCCCUUCCCACGUCUUCACUUCUUCAUGCCUGGCUUUGCUCCUCUGACGAGUCGAGGAAGCAAACAAUACCGUGCCUUGACCGUUCCAGAGCUCACCCAACAGAUGUUCGAUGCCAAGAACAUGAUGGCUGCCUGUGAUCCUCGUCAUGGUCGUUACCUCACCGUCGCCGCCAUCUUCCGUGGCCGUAUGUCCAUGAAGGAGGUCGAUGAACAGAUGCUCAACGUACAGAACAAGAACAGUAGCUACUUCGUCGAAUGGAUCCCCAACAACGUCAAGACUGCCGUCUGUGACAUCCCACCACGUGGACUAAAAAUGUCUUCCACCUUCAUCGGCAACAGCACCGCCAUUCAGGAGCUCUUCAAACGUAUCUCUGAGCAGUUCACCGCUAUGUUCAGGAGAAAGGCUUUCCUUCAUUGGUACACUGGUGAGGGUAUGGACGAGAUGGAGUUCACUGAGGCUGAGAGCAACAUGAAUGACCUGGUUUCUGAGUACCAACAGUACCAGGAUGUCUCCGUGGAUGACGAUGGCGAUUUCGACGAAGAGGAGGAAGAGGAGGACCUUGCAUGAGUUUCACGCAAUAGGCCUAUUCGUUACUUUUAUAGCAAUGACAAUUUAAAACUUAAUUUUACUGUGCAAUAUUACGAUAUCACACUUUGAUGAGAAAGUUGAAGCUCAGAAGUGUUGGAUUUUUUUAUUAUUACUGAAUGCAUGUCGUCAGUAGGAAGAGUGUGGAAGUUAGAUACGUAUCACUGCACGUAACAUUAGUAAUGCUCCGCAUGGGCGGUACGCCAGAGGAACCCCGGAAAGGCAGGGGUGGUUAGUGAAAAGCGGGGAUAGAGGAGAAACAAUGAAAAGAAAGGAAGAGAGAUGUAGGAAGAAUGCCCAUCCAACCAACCGACACGUGAUUACUAUUCUUACAGAUAUUUUUACUUUGUAUUCAUAGAUCCCUUUUUUUUUUUUUACCAAUAAUCCAUUUUAUAAUCAUUUUAAUGUUUCCUGAACCAGAAGUGGUAGUGCCGGAACACUAUGGGGGAUUAAACGAGAGUCGUGGAGCGUUGUGGUCCAGUGGAAUAGUAAUUUGACAUUGAAACAGAUGGACGGGGGUUCGAAUCCCAACCAUGCAAUUUCAAUCGGCAAGAAAUUUAUCCACAUUGUGCUGCACUCAACCCAGGUGAGGUAAAUGGGUACCUGGCAGGAAUUUAUUCCUCGAAAUGCCACCGCGCUGUUAAAGGCUGCGGGGCUAAAGUCAGGGUAUAUCCAAUCCAGCGCAUAUAUAUAGGGACUCAUUUUACAGUGAUAUGCUAUUAUAACAUGUUUGUAUUAUUGAUAAUGUUAUAAUUUAUUAUCUUUUUUCCCUACUCCAUCGCCUUUUUUUUUCUUUAUCUUAUAGUGUCAUCCCCUUCUCCAUUAUCUUUCCAUAAAAGUUUCUCUUAAUUUUGUUACAUUUAUGGGUAUUACUGAAUUAAGUUCGGCAUUUUUUAAAAGUUAAUUUUAUCUACUUUGUAUUAUGGUACCUCGCUGGACAUAGUAAAAGCACCGAUUUGGGAACCUUCAAAUCUCUUUUGUUACUUGAAAGUAGUGUCGUCUUGUGUUUUUAAUGAAAUUCUAAACGGGUCUCAUGCAACGGUAUUGGUGAUGUUUCAUUUGUAAAAAAUAAAUAAAUAAAAUGAAUAAAUACAUAGAUUAGAAGAUAAA